GCCUCCUGCCCCGACCACCCAUCUCGCCUACCUCCCCGUCCACGUAACUCUAUCUGCCCACGUACCUCUACACGACACCCUCCUCCUAAACAACCACACACAUCAACACCGGCCACAACACCAACUAUGCGCCGCGCACAAACACAGCGCCACGCGCCCCGGCCCUCUGGCAUGAUCGCGCUCUCCGGCGACGAGCUCGGCGUGCUGCGCGAGGGGAACGAGACGAACGAGGACGUGCUGCGGCGCCAGCUGCUGGAGAAGGACAGGGAGUGCGAUCGCCUCGCAACCCAAGUGCAGACCCUCCUCGCCCAGCUCGCCGCGCGCCCGAAGCAAGGCGACGUCGAGGCGCUCGAGAAGGAGGCCCGCAGCCUCGAUCUGCUCCUGCAGGGCACACAGCGCGAGAACGAGCGCGCGAUGGCGGAGCUGGAGAGACAGAAGACGCGCGAGAAGAUGCUCGAGAACGCGCUCGCGAAGUUCGCGGGGCCCAACUGGCAGGACGCCCUCGAUCUCCCCUCUUUAGACGCCGCCAACGUACCCGCCACGCCUUCCAAGUAUGGCAAGCCCGGCGCGAGCGCCUCGCCGUCCAAGUACGCGAAUCCGAACGCGACGGCGUCGCCGUCGAAGAGCAGUGCUAGUGCCGAAAACCCCACACCCGCCCCCCCACCACCCGCCGCACAACUCUCGCAGCUCGAGCAGGUGCGGCUGCUGGUGCUGGGUAUGGAGCAGCGGCUGCGCGCGAGGGAGGAGAAGCUGGAGGCGGUGGUGCGCCGGGCGGAGGGGGAGGGGGCGCGGUAUGAGGCGGCGGUGAGGGCGGGGUAGGGGGUGGUGAGGGGGA